AUGGCUAGUGAAGCUCCUCUUCGACAAUACGUUCCCCUCACCUGCCAUGGUCAUUCCCGACCUGUCCCGCACGUCUGCUUCUCUCCCCUCGAGAAAGACGAUGUCUACUACAUGAUCUCAGCCUGCAAGGACGGAAACCCCAUGCUGCGCGAUGGCCAGACCGGCGACUGGAUCGGUACCUUCAUCGGCCAUAAAGGUGCCGUCUGGCAGGCCCGGCUGAGCCCUGAUGCCGGAACCGCCGUCACCGCCUCCGCCGACUUCACCGCAAGAAUCUGGGACACACACACCGGCGAGCUCCACUAUGUCCUGCAGCACGAUCACAUUGUCCGUGCUGUUGCUUAUCCCUACGACAACUCGACCAUGGUCGCCACUGGCGGCUUCGAAAAGAAGCUGCGCAUUUUUGAUCUACAAGAAGUCAAGCCCGAGAUUGUCUCGCCCACGACCAACGGCAACGGCGCCUCAUCUCCGAUUGUCAAGGCCGUCACAAUCCCGACCAGUCAGGCCUUCGAAAUUGGCGCUGGCUCGCACGACAAGCCAAUCAAGUUUAUCGUGUGGGCAAAGGACUACAGCAGCAUCAUCACGGCAGCUGACAACACCCUCCGGUGGUUUGACCUCCCCACUCGCAGCUGCGUUCGCUCCGAGGUACUUGAUGGGGAGAUCAAGUCUUGUGAACUUGUUUCCUUGGCCCCUGGUUACACCUCGCCCUCCGACAUUGGUGGCGGCGAGCCCGUCCUUUGCGUUGCAGCUGGUAAGACGGUCUACUUUUGGGGUGGCCCCAAGGCCGAUGUGGAGAUCAAGCGUAUAUCUCUAUCUCACAGCAUUGCCAGUGUGGGCUUGGAUAUGAAGGGCAAGAAGUUUGUUGUCGGCGAAGAGCCCGGUACAUGGGCUCGGGUCUACGACUGGGAAGAUGGAAGCGAGCUAGAUAUCAACAAGGGUCACCAUGGACCCAUUUGGUCGAUUGCUUUCGCACCGGACGGCAAACUCUACGCCACCAGCUCCGAGGAUGGUACCAUCAAAUUGUGGAAGAAUUGCGAGGGAUAUUACGGCCUCUGGCGUGGCGGCGCACCUGUUGCUCCCAGCGAGCAGACGGCCUAG